CAGAGAGAGAAAAGAGAGAGAGGCUUCAUUUGGAGGGGGGAGGAGUUGCACAGGUGGGACACAGAUUGGGAAGAGCCACUUGUAAGAGCCAAUUGUUUCAGGAAAAACACAGUUGGGGUAGGGAAGGGGGGAAGAGUAAGGUGGAGCGUUGUUGACUGGCCAGGCGCACAGGGACAAGUCAGACUGGUUUCUACCCACACGAUCCUGACUUAUCCCUUCCUUUUGAAAAAAUAUACAAGUGGAAACAAAGCGGCAGAAGUGUUUUUGGAAGGAAAGUACAGGGGUUUUCUUCAUAUUUCAACAUCUGCCACAGAAAGGUUUUCCAAGAUGCCUGAAGAAGGCCAAUAUUAUGGAAAGCAUGGUGAGCCUAGGAAGUAUGAUCCAACAUUCAAAGGCCCACUUCAGAACAGGAGCUGCACAGACAUUGUGUGCUGCAUCCUCUUCAUUCUUGCCAUAUUAUGCUACAUUGGAGUUGGAAUUCUUGCUUGGUCGCAGGGUGAUCCCAGGAAGGUGAUCUAUCCCACAGACAGCCGAGGCCAGUUCUGCGGGCAGGCUGGCACGCCGCUUGAGAACAAGCCACUGUUAUUCUACUUCAACAUCAUGAAGUGUGCCAGUCCCUUGGUGCUACUGGAGUUCCAGUGUCCAACCACCCAGAUGUGUGUGGAAAAGUGUCCUGAGAAGUUCAUGACAUUGAUAAAAGCUUACAGAAAUGGAAAAGACUUUGAUUACUACAAGUCCUUCUGCAAGGAAGGCGUGACUAACUCUAUGGCUGUAACUGAAAUCCUAAAGUUGGGUCUGUGUCCUGCCAUGCUGACCCCUAGCAAGCCUUUCACCCGAAGGUGCUUCCCAGCUUUGGGCCAAAAGGGAGGAGUGAUAACUGUGGGAAACAACUCUCACUUUGAUGAUGGUACUGGAAAGAUGAGAGAUGCCAAGGAUCUUGUGGAAGGAGUGAAGAAUGCAACAGUGGUGAUUGAAGCACGCCAGGUGGUCAUGAAAAUCUUCGAGGAUUAUACACAAUCUUGGUAUUGGAUAUUGAUAGGUUUGGUGAUUGCGACCGUCCUUAGCCUGGUCUUCAUCGUCCUCCUGCGAUUUCUGGCUGGAAUCAUGGUCUGGGUCAUGGUAGCCUUGGUUAUAAUAGUGAUAGGAUACGGUAUUUUCCACUGCUACAUGGAAUAUGCUGCCCUGAAGGGAGCGCCUGGUGCUGACGUGACCUUGCAGGAUCUUGGCUUCCAGACAGACUUUGCCGUUUACCUUCAGAUCAGACAGACUUGGCUGGCCUUCAUGAUCAUUCUUGCCAUAGUAGAAGUGAUCAUUAUCCUGUUGCUCAUCUUUCUCCGGAAAAGGAUCCUAAUUGCCAUUGCACUCAUCAAAGAAGCCAGCAAAGCCGUUGGACAUGUGAUGUGUUCCCUCCUCUACCCAUUGUUCACUUUUCUACUUCUGGCUAUAGUCAUCGCCUACUGGGCCACUACUGCUGUUUUCCUGUCUACUUCAAAUGAACCGGUGUACAAAGUAUUCAAUGAGACUUCGUGUGAGCACUCAAGAAAAACAUGUGAUCCAGCUAACUACACAACCACAACUAUGAAAGCUCAGUGCCCGGACUCGGAGUGCCUUUUUGCCUUCUAUGGGGGAGAGACUGUUUACCACAAAUACUUGAUUGGCUUGCAGUUCUACAACGUCUUCCUCUUCUUUUGGUGUGCCAACUUUGUCACAGCGUUGGGACAGAUGACAUUGGCUGGGGCCUUUGCCUCCUACUACUGGGCUUUUGUCAAGCCAGACGACAUGCCUUCCUUUCCGCUCUUUUCUUCUCUCGGGAGAUCUCUCAGGUAUCACACAGGAACUCUGGCAUUUGGUUCCCUGAUCCUUUCAAUUAUCCAGAUCAUUAGAGUUCUGCUGGAAUAUCUGGACCAUAAACUUAAAGGAGCCCAUAAUAAGUGUACCAGGUUUCUCCUGUGCUGUCUGAAGUGCUGUUUUUGGUGCCUGGAGAAAUGCAUCAAGUUCAUAAAUAGAAAUGCCUACAUUAUGGUGGCAAUAUACGGCAAAAACUUCUGUACAUCUGCCAGAGAUGCCUUUUUCCUACUCAUGAGGAAUAUGAUCAGGGUGGCCGUGUUGGACAAAGUCACAGAUUUCCUUUUGUUUUUGGGCAAAUUGCUCAUUGUUGGACUCGUGGGUGUCUUUGCUUUUUUCUUCUUCUCUGGGAGAGUGAAAGCAUUUGAGGACACUGCCCCCCAUCUCCAUUAUUACUGGGUACCAAUUUUGACCGUCGUGGUUGGCUCCUAUCUCAUCGCCCAUGGAUUCUUCAGUGUGUACGCUAUGUGUGUGGACACACUUUUCCUCUGCUUCUGUGAAGACCUGGAACGUAAUGACGGUUCAGCAGCGAGGCCUUAUUAUAUGUCCGCUACUCUCCGAGAGAUUCUCUGGAAGAACAUGCCGGAUGGUCCACCGUCUUCUGCUCAGCUACAGGAUGAAGAAAACAGUGGGCAGCAACAGCAGACUAAAGAGGAGGACACAUCUUUAGUAGUCAGGAGUUCUUUUGACCAGGACACUUAGAUUUUUCUUUGAAACUAAGGAGAUGGGUCUCUUUCAGGCAUGCUCAGAGGUGGCAAGUAUCAUAAACAGGGGAGGUUUAUGGAACAUUGGACUUAUUUUAAGGGUGCUGCAUACUUGGCUCUAGACAUGUCUCAAAAUUACAUGUGUGGAAUGUCUCCACUUGCCUGGAGUGUUCAACGGGAUGGUUGUAACGUAUUUAUGCUCCUGGCCAGUAGCCAUUUGAAACCACAUAUGUGCCUAAUUUCGUAAUUUAAAGAUCGCCUGAAUGCAUCUUUGAAUGUCAAGGUUUAGAAUUGAUCAGCUGAAAAUAUUUGAACUGUACUAAUAAAUGAUGACCCAGGAGCUUCAAUUGCCUUGUACUGUCUACAUUUCAGUUUUUACUGUGAAUUUACAUACAGUAGUUUGAGGGCAAAACCUCAUAACUUUAAACAUGUUUGCCAAUGUACUUGAUAUAAUAAAGUAAAAAGACUCAAGGUUCUAAGAUCAAAUUUGUGUUCCGUUCAUUAGUGUAUUGUUCUAAUAUUAUCA